AGGCGCCGCGUCACCGUCUGGAGAAAAGGAAGAUAAACAUCUUCCAGAAAUGCCUUCCAAAUUUCCGCGCCUGGUUCGACCGGCGGGACCGACUGGCACGACCGCUGUGGCCCGGCUCGCGGGGCUCUUCUCGGACUAGAAAAGACGAGAAGAUGCAGUCCAUUUCGGUGGAAGUGGGCAGCAGCGGCGAUUCUGUGGUGCAGGUGUGCUUCCCGAGCUCCCAGGCCUCAGUGCUGGACGGCCUGAACCAGCAGAGGGAGGACGGUCGCCUGUGUGACCUCUCCAUCCACGUCCAAGGUCACGUGUUCAAGGCCCAUCGCUGCGUCCUGGCCGCCUCAUCGCCGUACUUCCACGAUCAGGUCCUGCUGAAGAACAUGUCCAGCGUGUCCAUCCCGGCUGUGAUGGACCCGCUGGCGUUUGAGAGUGUGCUGCGCUGCGCCUACACGGGUCAGCUCAGGAUGCUGCGCGAGGACAUCGUCAACUACCUGACUGUGGGCAGCGUCCUGCAAAUGUGGCACAUUGUGGACAAAUGCACAGAACUCCUCAAGGAGGGCAGGUCUGCGGGGGGAAGUGCGAGAGGAGACGGCACCGGCGGCUCAACUAAUUGCGGUGGUCUUGGUCGGGAUCAAGUUCGGCCGGCGGGGUCCCAAGACACGCAGGCUUCCUACGCAAGUUUGGAAAAAACCCUUCAGGAGCCCCCGCGAGCCUCCCAGCCCCCGAGCCUUCCGUCGGCCAACGAGAGCCAGUCUCCCAGCAGCACCAACUACUUCAGCCCCGGGGCAGCCACGACCUCGGCCGGGGGAGGCGGCGGCGCGGCGGCCAGCCACACGCCUGGCUACGGCACGCCGUCCGGGGAGGAGGCCUACAUGAUGGAGCAGGAUGAGGAGGAGGAAGAGGAGGAGCCGGCGGCGUACCAGCACAAGAAGAGAGGAGGAAACGCGAGGAAGAAAUCCAGCUCGGUGUCGUCGGAGGACGUGGGCGUCAGUGACAGUUUUGGGGUUUCCUCAUAUCAGGUCGGGGGGGACGCGUCCCCGCAGAGACGCACCGCCUAUGUCCAGCCCAGCAUUAUGCCCCGCAAGCAGUGGGUGGUGGUCAAAGCCGAGCGGCCCGAGGACCACGACCUCAUCGUGGUGUCGGGCGAGGAAGGUGGCGAGGCGGAGGACGACGACGACGACGAGGAGGACGAGGACGACGAGAGGGGGCUGGCGUCGGGCCGGGAGAGGGACGCCGGCGACUUUGCCAUCUCGCACGUGCGGACCCUCUCCGUAGAGACUGGCGGGCGAGGAGACGCCGAAGCGCAGAUGGACUACUGCCAGUCCUCCGAGGACUUCCUCAAGUUGUCCAGCAGCUUGCUGGACGCGACCUUAGCUCAGCAACUCCAAGACUCCUCAGCGGGUCCGACUCCGAGCCAAGGCGCCAACCGAGCCGCGCCGGGCCUCCUGGGUCAGGUUCCCACCCGCACCCAGCUCUUCCCUCUGGACAUGCAGGGCAACCAGAUCCUGGUCUACGGGCAAACGUCAACGUUCUCGAUGGACGCUGCGGCGCCUCCUCUGAGUGGGAUGAUCAGCGGCGGCGCUUUUAAAAGUGUGGAGCACGGGCCCGCGGUCCUGGGAGGCGACGGCGGCAGCGGCGGCGUCGGCUCCGCUAAAGUUUUCAUGUGCCACUGCGGCAAGACCUUCACGCACAAGAGCAUGAGAGACCGCCACAUCAACAUGCACCUGGACCUGAGACCCUUCCACUGCCCCGUGUGCGGCAAGAAGUUCAAGAUGAAGCAUCACCUGACCGAGCACAUGAAGACGCACACGGGGCUCAAGCCGUACCACUGCGCCGGAUGCGGCAGAAAGUUUAUGUGGCGGGACAGCUUCAUGAGACAUCGCUCGCACUGCGAACGUCGGGGAGGAGGCGGCGGCGGCGGCAACGAUGUCGCCGGGGACGUCCUCCCCGGCCCGCAGCUCCUCCUGCCGCCGGGUGAAGGAGGUUUGCGAGGAGGAGGCGGCGUGUCCGCUACGUCCCCGCGUUUCCACCACGCCGCUACCGGCGCUGCGUCGGGGAUAUUUGGCAGCCUGCCGUCGGAGCACAGCGUGUGCACCGAUCUCGCCGACGGCAGCUAACAACUGACUGCGAAUGACCAAGCGCUAGCGACAACAGCUAACAACCACUGGAGACUGCGCGAGUGACUGCAAAUAUCCGCGAACCGCCGAAAACGAUAGCUAAUGACCACCGGGGGACGACGAAUCAUCGUUAGCGAGUGAUAACAAGAGCCUGGCCAAGGACCUGGCUUGUUGCUAGGCGGAGAUCAUGGGGCCAAAGUGGCCCCGAGGUCCCGUUGCAAUCUGUGGGAGAUUUUCAUCUCAGCUUGCGCGCUCUUUUUAAAAUCUUCCCCUACUUGAAUUGAACAUUUGUGUUGGACUUCUCCCACUGGUGCUGCGUUCUGCUGUCAGUUUUUCCCCCCCUCUCCCUCCCCAGCAAAUCCAAGAAGAAAAUGUGCCGUACUUGAGUGGGGAUGGGCAAUGUAAGGCCUGCUGAACACUAGUCUUGUCAUUUUGCUAGGAUCCAUUUUGCUGUGUUUUCCCCCCUAAAAUGGGUUAGGCGUGAGAGGGAAGGAUUUUUCUUUUUUUUUUUUUGUUUCCACACUGGCUCUCAUAAAAAGUGCCGCCGCUGAUGACGAUGAUUGAUUUGAUUCCCAUUCCUGUUGCUGCUGCUGAUGGAAGGCGAGUCGGCAGAGGCGCCGCUUGCCGCGAAUGUAUUUUAAAAGCGACGCCUCUUCGGGCUCAUCAAAAUGCUGUCCUCUCUUUUGUGUUCAGCGAGGAGGGCACGACACUUGGGGAUUAUGUCGGCAUUUUGGUUUCAAUGUUAUCUUGCUCGUAUCAGACAACCAAAAUAUAAACUGUCGUGUGUGAGUCCAAGUCCGCCACUUCAAGACAAAGAUGUCCAAAUAUCAAAUGGCAUGUCCCGUUUUGCAGGGUGGUCACAAAUCAUCCAUUUAUUUAUUUUUUUACUGGUUUAUUUAUUUAUUUAUUGGUUUGUUUAUUAUCUUUGGGGGGGAAGAGCGUGAUGACAUACUUGACACAUAUUUUGCAGAAGGCUGUGAGUCCGUUUGUUUGUGCCAAAAUUAAAUCCCGAUCAAGGCAAUCAAA